UCCAUUGUUCAUUAUAAAUAAUUGUUACACUUUGUUUCUGAUUGCAAACACAACACUAUUAUAACUGUAAUCAUAACGGCUGUAUAAAUAGUACACUACCCAAUACUACACAACUGAAACCGCACCACUUCAUUUGUGCUCUUAUCCCUUUUUCUCUUCUGUAUUAACAUGGCAUACCUGAACCACACAACCUCGGUUUCUCCUCCUAAAACUGAACAUGAAGCUGAGGAAGAGCAUCCUAAGAGUCAUGGUUCCUUCCCUUCUUGGCCUCAUCACAUAGAGAAAGUUUUUCCCAUUUAUGCCAUGGGAAUUCCCAACUCUGUCUUGGAUUCUUCACUUCACCAUUUGGAUUGUCCUGAUCCUAUUUGGGAGGCUGUAAGAGAAGAAGCAGAUUUGGAGGCUCAAAGGGAGCCAAUUUUAAGUAGCUUCUUCUAUGCAACUAUUCUAUCACAUGAUUGCUUAGAGCAAGCAUUGGCUUUUGUUCUUGCCAAUCGUCUCCAAAAUCCUACUAUUUUGGCAACUCAGCUGAUGGAUAUAUUUUGUAAUGUGAUGAAGCAUGACAAAGGUAUCCAGCAAUCUAUUCGCUUGGAUAUCCAGGCAUUUAAAGAUCGGGAUCCAGCUUGUUUGUCAUAUUGCUCAGUUCUUUUAUAUGCGAAGGGUUACCAUUCUUUGCAAGUAUAUCGAGUAGCUCAUGCUUUGUGGGACCAGGGACGCAAAGUCUUGGCCUUGGCUUUGCAUAGUCUAGUUAACGAGGCUUUUGGAGUUGAUAUACAUCCUGGUGUUGUUAUUGGUGAAACUACUGUUGUUGGAAACCGAGUUUCACUUAUGCAAGGUGUAACUUUAGGAGGCACGGGAAAGGAAAUAGGUAAUCGCCAUCCCAAAGUUGCCGAAGGUGUGCUAAUUGGAGCUCAUGCAACUAUACUUGGAAAUAUAGUAAUUGGUGAAUGCGUGAUGAUAGCUGCUGGCUCCCUUGUGUUAAAAGAGGUCCCUCCUCACAGCAUUGUGGCAGGUGUGCCAGCAAAGGUUAUUGGACGACUGCAUGAGCAUUAUCCAUCUUUAACCAUGAAGCAAGAUGAGAACAAGCAUCUCUCAAGCGAGUUUUUCAACAAACUAACAGAGAUGAAGUCGCAGAAAUUAAACGUAAAUUGAGGUACCGAGAAAAGUAAAGAGACGAGGGAAGAGAAGUGCAAAUAGUGAAUUAUAAUUGGUUGAGCCACUAAUGUCACCUGAGAUUUUUCACCAAAAAUUUCAAGCUUCAAUAAGUGCUUGGUACAUUUACAACUUUGGAGCACAACUCAGACAUGGGAAGUCACAUCCUUAGUAUUUGUGUCUUACAAAAAAGGAUUCCUCAAUCUUUACACUUCUUAAGGAUACAUUAUCCUCUUCUAAUAAAUUUCGAAGAAGGUGGCAUUUGAGUU